AUGGCAACUCAGCAGGUCUUCAGACUCCCGCAACGGUCCUCCAUCAACGACCUCCGCGUCGGAACCGAACCAGUCCCGGAGCCAUCCACGUACGAAGUCCUCAUCCGCAUUCGAAGCGUCGCCCUCAACUACCGCGACUUUGCCGUGGCCACCGGGAAAUACCCCUUCCCCGUCAAAGACGACGUGGUCCCGUGCUCCGACCUGGCCGGCGACGUCGUCAAAGUCGGAAGCCAGGUGACCGACCUAUUCGCCGAGGGAGACAAAGUCAUCGCCGUGUUCGACAUCGCCACGCUCUACGGCGCCAUAAAGGACUGGAACCACAGCCUGGGCGGCUGCCUCGACGGCUGCCUGCGGGAGUACAUCGCCCUCCCCGCCCCGGCCCUCGUCAAGAUCUCCCCGGACGUCUCUCUAAGCUACGGCCAGCUCUCUGCGCUCGUCUGUGUCGGGAGCACCGCGUGGAACGCGCUCUAUGGCAACGUCCCCCUCAAGCCUGGCCAGACCGUCCUGUUUCUCGGCACCGGUGGCGUCUCCAUCAUGGGUCUCAUCCUCGCCAAAGCAGCCGGGGCGACGACCAUCAUCACAUCGUCGUCCGACUCGAAGCUCAAACACGUCCAGGAGACGUACGGCGCCGACUUCACCAUCAACUACAAGAGCACGCCGAACUGGUCCGAGGAAGUGCUCAAGGUCACCAAGGGUCACGGCGCCGACUACAUCCUCGAAAACGGCGGCGCCGGCACUAUCGCCCAGAGCAUCAACGCGGUAGCAUACGGAGGGUCCAUCGCCGUCAUUGGGUUCCUCGCAUCUUGUCCGCAGGACCAGAUGCCGGAUGUGGCGGCCUUGGCCCUGUCCAAGGGCGCGGUUGUGCGCGGUAUCAUGGUGGGAUCCAAGCAGCACCUGGAGGAGGUGGCACGGUACGUCGUGGAACGGGGGUUGCAGAUCCCCGUAGAGAAGGAGUUUGGGUUUGGACGAGACGACGUGGUUGCUGCGUUUGAGUACCUGGCCAGCGGUGCUCACAUUGGCAAAGUGUGCAUCAACGUGUCUUGA